AUGGGUGGGAUGUGGAGAGCAGUGCGGAUAAGUGACCUGAGCGCAAGCAACGUGACUGGUAAUUUCCCAAAGCUCAAGGGCCCCUUCUCGUUUGACAUUGCGGCGGUCAUCUUCCUCAAGACCCUCUUUGCUGCGCCUGUUGCAACCAUUAUUCUCGCAGCAAGUCUCUUCUCCUUAUGUUCUCUGAUUUCCCCCCACGCCCCUUCCUUCUCUCCUACUCUCCUUAUCCCUCCCCUCCUUCCCCCUCUGUCCUCCCCUUCCCACACUCCUUGCUCCCUUCCUCCUACCACUCAUCCAUGCGCUCCUCCCUCCCUACAACCCACCCCUUUUCUCCCUCACCAGCCCAGCGAGCUGGCGCUCUCGCCCAGCCUGGCGUCUCUCAACCCCAGCGAGUUGGCGCUCUCGCCCAGCCUGGCGUCUCUCAACGUGGCCAACAACAGCCUCACAGGGCGCCUGUCGGAAGAUCUAUGCAACCUCAACCUCACCUGCGUCAACGUGAUGGGUAACCCUCUGCAUGGACCCAUCCCCUCGUGCUGGAGGAACUUCACAUGCCAAGACUUUGCCAACACCAGCCUCCUAGUCGUUCCCAACGAAACAUGCCGUGAUGUCCCCUACCACAGCUGCAACCCGCCUCUUGCCGUGGCUGUGGCACCCCCAUCCGCCUCUUCUUCUUCUGUGAACGUCGUUGCCAUCAUCUGUGGCGUCGUGGGGGGUGCUGCCUUCAUUGCGCUGCUCGUUGCGGCGGCAAUGGUGGUGAUGAAGCAGAUCGAGAGGAAGCGAAGGGAGGAGGAGGAGAGGCGGCUGGAGCAGGAUUUGGAGACCCAAAUCUCAUCGCGCCACUUCGGAACUCUAAGGCGGUUCACCUCAGAGGAGCUCAAGAAGGCGACUAACGAGUUUGAUGAAGACUAUGUGCUGGGGGAAGGCGGCUUCAGCAAGGUGUAUAAGGGCAAGCUGGAGGAUGGCAAGUUCGUGGCUAUCAAGAGGAUCAAGGAUGAGAAGCGCGCGGGUGGUGAGCUGCAGUUCCUAUCAGAGGUGGAGAUGAUCAGCCGGGCCGUGCACCGCAACCUCAUCCGUGCGGAGGGCUUCUGUGUGGAGCGGGGCGAGUGCAUGCUCGUGCUGCCCUUCUGCUCAAAUGGCUCUGUUGCUUCACGCACCCAGGGCAAGGAGGGUAACCCCAUGGACUGGCCCACGCGCAUGAAGGUGGCCCGGGGCGCCGCUGAGGGGAUAGGCUAUUUGCACACGGACUGCAAGCCGAAGCUGGUGCACCGCGACAUCAAGGCAGCCAACGUUCUUCUGGAUGAGAACGACGAGGCGGUGAUUGCAGACUUUGGGCUCGCCAAGGAGAUGGACGUGAAUGAAACGCAUGCGUCUGCUGUUCUUCCCCUGCUCAUCUCCUGUUCGUCCCCUGCUCAUCUCCUGCGCCCUAACCACCCAUCCCCUACCCGCCAGGCGGCCAACGUGCUGCUGGAUGAGAACGAUGAGGCGGUGAUUGCCGACUUUGGGCUGGCCAAGGAGAUGGACGUGAAUGAGACGCAUGCCACCACUGCUGUCAAGGGCACCAUCGGCCACAUUGCCCCUGGUGCGUGCGUGCUGAGUGGGUAUAGGCGUGUUUUGGAUGAGUAUAGGUGUGUGUUGAACGGGUAUAGGU